AUGGCACCGACAUUAUGCGAGAUCUGUAAAGACUCGCGGGCAGCAGUCAUACGACCAAAGAACUCUCAGAAGAUCUGCAAACAUUGUUUUUUGUCCGUAUUCGAGGCUGAGAUUCACGACACCAUCGUGAGUAGUAAACUGUUCCAGCGCGGAGAGCGUGUUGCCAUCGGCGCAUCUGGCGGCAAGGACUCGACAGUUCUUGCGUCGGUGUUGAAGACCUUGAACGAGCGCCACGACUAUGGCCUCGACCUCGUGCUGUUAUCCAUCGAUGAAGGUAUCAAGGGUUAUCGAGACGACAGCCUCGAGACUGUGAAGCGGAAUGCCUUACAGUACGAAAUGCCCCUCGAAAUUGUCGGAUAUGACCAGCUCUACGGAUGGACAAUGGACCAAGUCGUAGCCCAGGUAGGCAAGAAGGGAAAUUGUACCUACUGCGGCGUAUUUCGCCGACAGGCACUGGAUCGAGGGGCGGCGAAGUUGGGCAUCAAACACGUCGUCACCGGCCACAAUGCUGAUGAUCUUGCUGAAACCGUCAUGAUGAAUCUACUUCGUGGCGAUCUACCACGGCUGGCAAGGGCAACCUCGAUUACGACGUCUAGUUCUGCGAGUGAGAUCAAGCGGAGUAAGCCGCUGAAAUAUGCGUAUGAGAAGGAGAUCGUUCUCUAUGCUUACCACAAGAAAUUGGACUACUUCAGCACAGAGUGCAUCUACUCGCCAGAGGCAUUCCGAGGAAGCGCCAGAACGUUGAUUAAAGACUUGGAAAAGAUUCGACCCAGCAGCAUAUUGGACAUUGUCAGAAGUGGAGAGGACAUGGCCGCGCUCGUGCCCCCUGAACUGGCAACUUCGUCGUCCUGUGGCGCAGAAGGUGACGAGCAGACAAACGGCUGUGGCGGUCAAAACCAGACCAGCGGCUCCAUGGUCCGUUUAGAAAAGGAUCUAACCGCCAACGAACCCGCCGCCGGACGCGAGACGGAGAUCCAUUUGCCCCAGCCAGAGGUGCAAGCAAGCAUCCAUGACAAGAAACAACGAAGGCGCCGAAAGGUGGUCAAACAGGUCAUGGGCCAAUGUGAGAGAUGUGGUUAUCUAUCCAGUCAAAAAAUUUGUAAGGCUUGUUCUCUGCUGGAAGGACUCAACAAGAGCCGGCCACGCACUUCCAUUGAAGUGGAGAUCGAAGACGAAGAGGGAAGUACGACGUUGAUGAGGCAGACUGCUGGCCUCGUCAUCUCUGCUGGCUGA